CGACUCCAAGCUUGCGGCGAUUGGCGGCGUAGCCGUGGAAAUAACACAAACAUCUUUUGAAAUCACCUGUGGUGAAGUGGGACUAUUUCUCACCUACAUUAUGGAGUUGUGCUUAUGUAACUCAGUCCCAUUGAUUUUGUCGGAGCCCACCUGAAGAUGUCAUUCUCUCGACGAAAUGUGGAGAAACUGGGCUUCUCAAGGCCUCCUCCGGACGCGGAAAACGACGACUCUGGACUCGGCUUUCUUCGCGAUGACAUCGGGUCAGCCACCACGGACGGCGACCUGCCGGGGGAGGAGCCCGGCCGCACCCAGUCCGUCAUGUCGCUGCUCUCGUGGGGCGACGACGAGUUUGAGCGGGAGUCGACCCUGGAGGUGGAGCGCAUGCUGGAGAGCGUCGACCGCCUGCUGUUCGAGGGCGAACAGGAGAAGACCAUGGCGCCGGCGCUGGUCGACGAGUGUCGGCUCUGGAGCAAACGCUUCCCGCACUUUCGGGUGGUGGGCCGCCGGCUGCCGGUGCUGCCCUCCCGACCGCCAGACCGGGCCGUGGUGCGCGUGACGCUUCUCACCGAGGACGGACCCGUGGAUGAGGAGUCCGCCGCCUGCCUGCGCUCGCCGGGCCGGGAGGAGACGCUGUGUGAGCACGGCUCGAGCCCGGCGCCGACCGCCGGCUCGGCCCCGGCCGAGGAGCCGCCGGCGGCUGCCGCCGUCACGGACCCGACCGGCCUCGUCACGGAGAUGGUCACCAACAGUCUGGUGUCGCUGCUGUGGGCCGACUACGUGCGCACCAUGACGCCCGUGUUCCAGCUGGGUGCCGAGUCGGCCGAGGCGCUCAAGCUGACCUCUGUCUCGCGCGAGGCGUCCGCCCGCGCCCGCCCAUGA